CUGCUACUAAAGAAAAAAUCCAAAAGGUGGUAAGAGAAAGGAAUAGGAAAGAAAAAGUUUCAAAAUUUCAUCCCAUACCAACUAGACAGACCCAGAUCCAAAGUUGCAGACUUUUCAACAUUUUCAAAGUAAUCUUACCCAUAAAAAGGAUUAGAAGACUAUUACUUUUUCUUAAACACGACACCCAUUAUGAAAAAGAAAGUAUAUUUUUUCUAUCUUGUGAAGUUGAGUGGAAACAGAGGAUAGAAGUGAGUCAUAGAGGAAACAAAGGAAAGUUACACACAAACAAGAGUUUUCUUCUCUGGCUGCUUCUCUCUCUCUCUCUGUUAAUUUCUUUUAAGAGAAAGCUACACACAAAUCUCAGAAGCAGAGUUGAUCCAUGCAGGUAAAAGAGUUUAGCUGCUGAAGCUCGAGUUCAUGCUUACAAAAUCGUAGCCAACAAUCUCAGUGAGGAAAGUAAUGUUUGAGAGAAAUGGGGAAGAAAGGAAGUUGGUUUUCUGCAAUCAAAAGGGUUUUUACUCCACAUUCCAAAGAGAAGCUAGGCAAUGAAGCAGAGAGAAAGAAUGUAAAAGAGAAGAGGAAGAAAGGUUUUGGGAAGCUAAGGCUUGGUGGAGAGCCUAGUAGCAUUGAGAAGAUCUUUGGCGAGGCUGAGAGAGACCAUAAUCUUUUCUUCAGGCCUUCUACUCCUCCUCCUGAUCGAUCAAAUCCACCCUCCUCCUACUCUCCUCCUAUAAGGCCUGCUUCUCCUCAGGUUCCUUCUCCAAGAGUUGCUUCACCAAAGUCUCAUCCUCCUCCUAGAGUAGAUUCUCCAAGGUCUCUUUCUCCCAAGCCUUCUGAUCGAUCAACACCAUCAUCAGCCUCUGCCAGUGCUCCUCCUCCUCCUCUGAAGCCUGCUUCUACUCGACUUCCUUCUCAGAGAAUUCCCCCUCCCGUUGUUCCUUCUCCAAGACCAUCUUCACCAAGAGUUGUCUCUCCACAAGCCGUCCCUCUAAAGCCUCCUUCUCCAAGAGCAGACCCACUAAGAUUGAAUAAUCCAAGACCAUCUUCACCAAAGCCUCCUUCUCCAAGAGCAGACCCACUAAGAUUGAAUAAUCCAAGACCAUCUUCACCAAAGCCUCCUUCUCCUAGAGCAGACCCACUAAGAUUGAAUAAUCCAAGACCAUCUUCACCAAAGCCUCCUUCUCCAAGUGCAGACCCACUAAUAUUGAAUAAUCCAAGACCAUCUUCACCAAAGCCUCCUUCUCCAAGUGCAGACCCACUAAGGUUGAAUAAUCCAAGACCACCUUCACCAAAGCCUCCUUCUCCAAGUGCAGACCCACCAAGCUUGGAGACUCCAAGAGCAGAACCACCAAGACUGGAUGCUCCAAGACCUCCUUCUCCAAGAGCAGAACCACCAAGACUGAAUGCUCCAAGGCUAACUACGCCUAGGCCUCCUUCUCCAAGACCAGUCUCGCCUAGGCCUGUGCAGCGACUAGAGAUUGUAUCUAGACCAGAGCCAACUCUCUUGGUCCAACAUGCUUCUGCAACAAAGAUUCAAGCAGCUUUCAGAGGUUACAUGGCAAGGAGGAGUUUCAGAGCUCUCAAAGGACUAGUCAGGCUUCAAGGGGUGGUGAGAGGAUACAGCGUGAAGCGUCAGACAGUAAACGCAAUGAAGUACAUGCAGCAACUGGUCCGUGUUCAGUCUCAGAUUCAGUCACGCCGCAUCAAAAUGUUGGAAAAGCAAGCGCAGCUUGAGAGAGACGAAGCUAAAUGGGCUGCAUCUGAGGCUGGUAAUGGUAACUGGGACGAUAGCGUGCUGACAAAAGAAGAAAGAGAUGCAAGAUCUCAGAGGAAGACUGAUGCAAUCAUCAAGAGGGAACGAUCCAUGGCCUAUGCUUAUUCUCACAAGUUGUGGAAGAACAGUCCCAAGUCUGCAGCUUCAGUUGGGCUUCCUCUAUGGUGGAACUGGAUGGAUAGGCAGCUUCCUCUUGCUAGUCCUGCACCGAGCCAUAGAGAUUACAGGCUAACACCAACAAGACUGCUAACACCAACAAGACUGAGCCCAAGCCCUCUGUCUCAGUCAAGCAACCAGCACCAUUUCAGGCAUGACAGCAACUUCGACACUUCCACACCAAAAUCGUCUAGGUCUACACUUCUCACUCCAUCCAGACCCAUCCGCACAGGCACAUCAAGAUACUCCAGAGGAGGAGGAAGACAAGAUUCUCCUUUCAGAGACAAUGACAGCCUCACGAGCUGCCCUCCAUUCCCGAGCUACAUGGCUCCAACGGUCUCUGCCAAGGCCAAAGUUAGACCAAGCAGCAAUCCAAAGGAGAGAGUGAUGGGUACACCAUCGUCAGUCAGUAGCGAGAGGAGGAGAAUGUCUUAUCCACCGACGCAACAAGGUUUGGAUACGUUUAGAUGGAACAAAGGAUCAUUGCUAAUGAGCAACAGCAGCAGCCAGAGAGGUGGCCCUGGUUCACCUGGAGGUGUGGUACUUGAGAAGCACAGGACACUUAAAUCAGUAGGGAAUUUGAGCAUUGGUUCUUCUGCUGUUUCGAUGCCAGAUGGUAGGAAACCGUUUAACAGAUAUGUGUGAUUUCUUUUGAUUGAGCCUUUUUCUUUUUUUUUUGUAUGCUACUUUUGCUUCAUUUGUGGGUGGUGUUGAUUUUGAGUGCUGUUCUAAUCUGGAUUUAUGGAUUUACUUAUGUAACAUAAUAAAAGGAAAAACAAUGAUAGGUUUUGGUUUGAAGUAAACAUAAGGUAUCUUCAAGACUA